AUGAAUAAUAAUUCUAAUAUGAGAGAGGCGGUGCCUCAUUUUACUACUGAUAACAAAAAUAAUGAAUCAGAGAAUUCAAUAAUGAAAAAGAACCUGACAUCCAAUUUUAUGGGUCAGGUAAAUAAUAAUAAGAACAGUACCUGUUCUUCAACCUAUUUAAAUAAUGCAAAUAAUAUGAAUAUAUCAAAAGAUAAGAAUUAUAAUUGUAAUAUAAAUAAUGAUAAUGCUUCUAUUAGUAUAACAAACAGUUUAUUGAAUAAUGAUCAAAAUAUGUCUAUGAGACCACAAAUGGGAAUGAAUAAAAAUUGUGGAGGUGGUUUACAUAAUUCAUAUCAAAAAUCUUUAUUAUCUUCUUAUAACAUGAAUAAUAUGUCGAUGAAUCACUUGAUGAAUAAUUCUAUGAAUAGGUAUAAUUCAUUAAAUAAUAAUAAUUAUCCUCAUCAAGAUAUGAAUCAGACAAACAUGCAUAUGACUAAUAUCAAAUCUGCAUUGCAGAAUAAUAAUAAUAAUAAUAAUGAUAUGAAAGGAAAUAAUAUGAAGCAAAAUGGUUAUAUGAAUAAUAAUAUGAAUUAUCAAAGGAAUGAUAUGUUAAUGCGAAAUAAUUCCAAUUCGUUUAAUAUGGCAGGAAAUUUUUAUCCAUAUAUGAAUAAUAAUAAUAAUAAUAAUAUUAAUAGUAAUAAUAGUAAUAAUAAUAAUAAUAGUAAUAAUAAUAAUAAUAAUAGUAACAAUAAUAAUAGUAACAAUAAUAAUAAUAGUAAUAAUAAUAGUUCAUAUUAUGGUGCAUCCUCAGUAAUGGGAUUAAAUUCCAAUACAAAUAAUAUGAUGAACAAUACAUCAUUAAAUAAUAAUUUUAAUAAUAAUAUGGGUGCCGAAAAUAAUAACAAAACGAUGAGUUUAUUGAACAAAACUGGAGGAGGAAGUUUAGAUAAUAAUACAUCACAUCAACCAAUGAAAUCCUUACAAAGUACUAUCAACUUAAAUAAUAGAAAUAUUAACAAUAUGAAUAAUGUUAGUGGUAAUAAUAAUAGUAACUCAAUAAAUUCGAAUAAUAUAAAUUCUAAUAGUGUUUUUAAUAAUAAUAAUAAUAAUAGUAAAGGUGUGGGUAGUUUUAUUUCUAACCCUAGUAUGAAUGUUAAGGGUAUAAGCAGUGUAUGUAAUAUUGCAUCAUAUAGAAAUAGUACUUCUUUUGAAAAAACAAAUAGUAUAAUAGAUAAUAAUAUGAGAUAUAUGAAUGUAUAUAAUAAAAUGGGUUAUAAUAAUAACGUUAAUGAUUAUCAGGUAUAUGAUAACUCAUCAGCUUUAAAUGAUAACUUAAAUAAUAAAGACAAAAAGGGGAAAGAGGAAGGUAGUGGAGAUAAUGAAAAAAAUGGUACUUCAAACAUGAUGAAUACUGAUAAUAAUAAUAAUAAUAAUAAUAAUAAUAUUGGAGAUUCCAAGUUGAGAAAAAAAAGAGGAGAAAGUUUUAAUACAAAAGGGAUAAUAGGGAAUAAUGCUGAGUCCAUGAUAUUCAAAACAUAUAAAAAUAAUGACCUGGACGAAAAUAAUAAUAAAUAUGGAAUGAAUAAAGGAAAUAUUGAGAUGAUGAAAGACAGUUCAGCCAAUGUAUCAAAAAAUGAUAAUAUUAUGAAUAAUUUAUCAAAUAAUAAUAUUGGUGGAACAACAUCUAAUCCGUAUAAUUUAUAUCCGAAUUUUAAUUUAAAAUAUCCAAUGAAUAUGGAUAUGUUUAAUAAUAAUAAUAAUAAUAAUAAUAAUAUGAGUUCUUUUAAUAUGCUUAAUAGAAAUUUAAUGAAUAGUCACUUAAAUAAUAAUAAUAAUAAUAAUAAUAAUUUUUCAAGUAUGUCCAUGUUUAAUAAUAUGGGUGAUAAUAAUAAUAAUAAUAAUAAUAGUAGUAGUAGUAUGUUAUAUAAUAAUAUGAACAAUUUUAAUUUAUUAAAUGCAUAUAAUAAUAAUGAUAACAAUAAUAAUAUGAAUAUGAAUAGUAUUGGAGUAGGACUGAAUAGAUAUAAUGCAUACAAAAGUAUGGAAAACCUAAAAAAUUAUAAUGAAGCACUUAUGAGUGGUAAUGUUGGUGGUGCAGGUAAUAAUAAUUUAAGUAACCUUAUGAAUAUGAACAAUUUUAAUAACAUGGGUUAUUUAAAUGGUCGUUCAUGUAUGAAUGACAUGAAUAUGAGAUUAUUGAAUAAUUCAAAGUUUCUUCCAGGGAAUAUGGGUUUGAGUAAUAAUAAUUAUAUGAAUGAUCACCAAUAUAUGAAUAAUAAUGAGAAUUUAUAUGGAAUGAUGUAUAAUAAUAUGGAUGAUAAAAAUAAUAUGAAAUAUUCAAGAAAAGGUUCGUUAGGAGCUAAACAACAGCAACAAACGUUAUCAACAACUAGCAAAGGUAAAAAGUCUGCAUCUCAGAAGAAGAAAAAAUCAAAAAAUGCAACAGCAACAAUAAAUGGUUUACAAGGUGGAGAAGAAAAAUUAAAAAAAGGUGUUUCAGGAAAAAUAGGUGAUGACUUUAUUAUGGAUAAUAAUGGUGAUUUAGUAAAUGAUGGAAAUAAUGAUGAUAAUGAUUUGUACGUGAAUACGUAUGUGAAAAAAUCCACAACCACCAAAAGUAGUACAAGAAAAUCAUCUUAUUAUUAUGAAACUGCCGAAGAUAAAUAUAAUGAGAAGGUUCGAAAGAAUGAAAAAUAUGACAUAUUUGUAUCUCCAAACAUUGGAACAAUUGAAGGAGGCCGAACUAAUUUAAGACAGAGGAGGAAGGUACAUAAUUAUGCUCAAAUGGAAGAUAAUUAUUUUGAGACCGAUGAGGAGGAUAAGAGAGUUGAUGAAGAGAAAUUUUUAUUGCGACAAGAAAAGCAGAGCAUGGGAGGAAUUGAUCGAGUAUUACAUCAUAGAAAGAUAUUGGAUUAUGAUAAGAUAAAUAGUAUAUGUAAUAAUCCAUAUUUGUAUAUAAAUAAGAAGAAUAAGUUGAAGGAAAAUGAGAAGAAAAACACAGAUAGUAAUGAUAAGGAAAAAAGUGGUGCAUGUGACGAUGGUGCAAAUAUUGAAAAGGAUAAUAAUAAUGAUGAGAAUAAUGAAGAUGUUGUGAAAGAUGAAACUAUAAAAAAUGAAACCAUAAAAAAUGAAACGAUAAAAAAUGAAACCAUAAAUAAUGAAACCAUAAAUAAUGAAACCAUAAAAAAUGAAACCAUAAAUAAUGAAAAUGUAAAUAAUGAAAAUUUAGCUGAUAAUAAUAAUAAGAAGAAUGAAGUGACAAAUGUAGAUUCUAACAAACAAACGAAUAAUAAUAAUACAGAUAACGAUGAGGCAAAUGCAGUUGAUGAAUUUUGCGAAGAAGAAGAUAUUGAAGAUAUCAAUGAAGUAGAAUUUUUAAUAAAAUGGAUAGACAAAUCUCAUAUUCAUAACUUUUUUUGUACUUACGAUUAUUUGAAAAAUUUCCAUGGUAUAAAGAAAGUAGACAAUUAUAUUAAAAAGAUUAGGCAAUCAUUUCAAAAAAGAAAGUUUAUGACAGCUGAUGAAAUAGAACAGGAAAAGAUAUAUUCUGAGAUUAAAAAGCAGAUCGAAAUGGAUGCUAUUCAAGCAGAGAGAAUAGUUAUGCACAAAAUUAGUGAUAUUACAAAUGAGCAAGUGUUUUUAGUAAAAUGGACUAGUUGUGCCUAUGAUCAAUGUACUGAAGAAACGAAACAGACAUUAAUUGAUCAUGGAUUUGGGAAAUUAAUUGAAGAAUAUUUUGAUAGGGAAAGUAAAAUAUAUGGUAUGAAAGCUAUGGCAAGUGUAUGGAAUAGAGGACCAUUAAGUGUUACUAAGUUUGAUCCUUAUCAUGAAACUCCAUUUUAUUUAAAUGAAAAAAAGUUGAGAGCUUAUCAAUUAACAGGUUUAAAUUGGAUUGUAAGUAGAAUGAAAAGAAAUUUGAGUGUACUUUUAGCUGAUGAAAUGGGUUUAGGUAAAACAGUGCAGACCAUUGCAGUAGUUGGUCAUAUGUUAUAUAAAGAAAAAUUGAUUGGUCCAUAUUUAGUUAUAGUACCACAGUCAACUGUUGAUAAUUGGUUAAAUGAGUUUAAAAGUUGGUUACCUCAAGCAAAUGUAGUAUGUUAUCAUGGAAAUGCUGUGAGUAGAGAAUUGAUUAGAACUCAUGAAUUAAAAAAAGUAUAUGUCCCCAAUAAAGGAUAUCGUUACAAAUUUGAUGUAUGUAUCACUACACCAUCUAUAUUAAAUAGUGUUAGUGAUGUAGAGUUAUUGAAAAAAAUGCCAUGGCAAUUAAUGGUAGUUGAUGAAGCCCAUCAAUUAAAAAAUAGACAAUCAAAAAGAUUUAUUGAAUUAAAACAAUUCAUGGCAGAAUCUAAAUUAUUAUUAAGUGGUACUCCUUUACACAAUAACUUAGAAGAAUUAUGGACCUUGUUACAUUUCUUAAAUCCACAACAGUACACUUACUAUGAAACGUUUCAAAAGAAAUAUAAUGAAAUCGAAAAUACAAGUUUGAUUGGUGAAGCGAAACAAAAACAAUUAAUACAAUUACAACAUGAAUUACAUGAGGUCAUAUUAAGAAGAGUAAAGAAAGAUGUGGAAAAAUCGCUUCCAAAUAAAGUAGAACGUAUAUUAAGAGUUGAAUUAUCCCCUAUACAAAUUGAAUAUUAUAAGAACAUUUUAACCAAAAAUUACGAACAACUAGCGAAAGCUUCAGGAGGUGCAAAAAAUUCCUUACAGAAUAUAUGUAUGGAAUUAAAGAAGGUAUGUAAUCAUCCAUUUUUAUGUGCUGAACCAUUAGAUAAGGAUGAAUAUAAAGAGCGUUUAGUAUAUUCGAGUGGAAAAAUUUGUUUAUUGGAAAAGUUAUUAAUUAGAUUAAAGGAAAGAGGAAAUCGUGUAUUAAUUUUUUCACAAAUGGUAAAAAUGUUAAAUAUUUUAAGUGAGUAUUUAACUUUAAGAGGAUUUAAACAUCAACGCUUGGAUGGUACGAUGACCAAAGAAAUGAGGAAAAAGGCAAUGAACCAUUUUAAUAGUAAGAAUUCAGAUGAUUUUGUUUUCUUAUUAUCAACGAAAGCUGGUGGUUUAGGUAUUAAUUUGACAUCUGCUGAUACUGUUAUUAUCUAUGAUUCCGAUUGGAAUCCUCAAAAUGAUUUACAAGCAGGAGCAAGAGCACAUCGUAUUGGUCAAACGAAGACAGUUCAAAUAUAUCGUUUAGUAACAAAAGAUUCGAUUGAACAGACUAUUUUAGAAAGAGCAAAGGUAAAAAUGGUGUUAGAUACGUUGGUUGUUCAAGGUUUAAACAAGAAACAAAAUGACAAUGUAAAUUAUGUAGGUGGGGAAACUGGUGGUUCAUCGAAUGGUUUUACAAGAGAGGAAUUAUCUAAAAUAUUAAAGUUUGGUGCUCAGAAAUUAUGGGAGAAGAACAGUUCUAAAUAUUCACCUCAAAAAUUGGAUGAGGACAAAAAUGCGAUAAAAGGGGUAGAUGUUGAUUUGGAUAAAAUUUUGGAAGAAGCAGAAAUUAAUGAAAAUGCAAAUAAUGCAAAUAAAGAAUUAAGUUUGAAUUCUGAAUUGAAUGCGUUACAAGGUUCGAGUAAUUUUUUUAAUAGUGGAAAUAGUUUAUUUGGAAAUACCAAUUUGGUUGGUACGAAUGGUGCUACAGGAGGAAGUGGAGGUAUAGCAGAUGAUUUGUUAAGUUCUUAUAAUAACAUAACAGAGUUUAAAUAUGAGCCUCCAGCAAAUUUGAAGAGUAAUAUAUAUAACGAUUCAACGAAAGCAGACGAGGUAGAUGAAGAAGAGAAUGAUAAAGAUUUUUGGGAUAAAACCAUUCCCCUAGAAGAAAGAUUAAAAUUGAAAAGAAUGAAAGAGGAGGAGUUAUUAGUACAUGGUCCAAGAAAAACGAGAGCAAAAGAUAUGCGAAGUGUAUUAUAUAUGGAUCAUGGACAUUAUUAUAAUAAUAAUACCAGUUCCUCUCAUCAUAAUAACAAUGCUCAUGGAAAUAAUAAUGAAGAUGAGGAUAGUGACGAAUUUACAAUCAAAUAUAAUGAUAAGAAUAGUAAGCAUUUAAAAAAGAAGCGACAGAGAAGAACCUCAACGCAUAUAACUGAAAAGGAUAAGUUUAGAUUAUAUAGAUCCUUAUUAAAAUUUGGAAAUCCAAGUUUGCGUUUGGAUGACAUUCAAGAGGACGCAAAAUUGACCAAAGUGGACAAGAACGUAAUAUUGACUGAGUUGAAUAUAAUAGUUGAGACAUGUAACGAAAUAGUUGAGAGAGUAUCUAAAAAUGAGCAAGUUGAUGAUAAUAAAAAGGAAAAAAAGGAUAUAGUAGUAGAUGGUGUUGUAAAUAAUGAUGAUAGUAAAACGAAAGGUUCCAAUAAUGAUGUGGCUGAUGUGAAUUCAAAAGAUGGCAAUAAAUUGAAGAAAGGAAUAGAAGAAGAAAACCCAGAUGCCUCUUUAAAUACAAAGGAUGAAGAAGAUAAUAAUGCAUCUACUACCGGAAGUAAUAAUAUAACAACGAUAUCUUGCGACGAUUCGAAUAAGCAAGAUGAUAAUAAAAAGAAAGUUGAGGAAGAGGGAGAAAAGGAUGAUGCUUUGAUUAAGGAUAACAUUGGAAAGGAGGAUGAAGAAGGAGGAACUAUCGGAACGGUGGUGAGCAAAAGAAGGCGUGGAAGUACAUUGAAUAGUAACAGUAGUAGUGUUGUGAGUCAUGGUAUGAGAACUCGAGACAAGGCUUCCAAAGAUGAUGAUAAUAAAAAUGAUGAUAAUAAUAAAAAUGAUGGUAACAAUAAAAAUGAAAGUAACAAUAAAAAUGAGGACGAUCAUCGAAAUGAUGAUGAUCAUAAAAAUGAUGAUGAUCAUCAAAAUAAUAAGGAUGACAGUGUAGAGGAUGAGCUUUUGCUCAACCAAAAUGAUGAUGACCAAUUAAAUAUGAAAAAUAAUGAAAAUUCGAAUGACGAAAGUGAUGGCGGAAAUAAUAAAGCAAAAGGGCUAGAUAAAGGGAAGAAGAUAGAUGCAUACACUUUUUUUAUAGGAACAAAUAGAGCAAAUGCUUUAGAUUUAUGCCAACGACUAAAAUUAUUUGAAGCUUUACAUAAUUUCAUUAAAGAACAAAAUAAUGACAAUGAGUAUAGUUUUAAGUUGCCACUAAAAAAAUGUGAUGAAGUUACAGGAGAAGACGACGAGAAUGGAAAGAAUAAUGAAAAAGCCCAAACGGACGAAAAAACUGAAGAUGGAAAUGUUAAGAAUAAUGAGGUAGUCGAAAAUAAUAAUGAUAAUAAUAAUAAUAAUAAUAUACCUGUAGAUGUAAUGAUUGAUUCUUCAAAAGAUUAUUUAAAAUUGAAACUUCCUGAUUCAAUAUUUAAACAUAUAAGAGAUUUGACAUCAAAAGAUGUAAAAUCAUGGACAAGAACAGAUGAUGAAAAUUUAAUUAGAGGAAUAUAUGUAUAUGGUUUUGGAUCAUUUAAUGAAAUAUGUGCAGAUGUGCAUUUGAAUCUGAAUCAUAUGAAAAAUAUAAAAUGUGACAAGAUUAAAAUGAGAUGUGUGAGAAUAUUAAGAAUGAUAGAGCAGGUGUAUAAUAAUAAAGGGAAUGAACAAAGUGGAGGUCGAAAGCGUCGUAGAAUGAAAAAUAAAAAUAAUGCUAAUGUGGAAGGUGUUACAAUGGACGGUAGUGUAAAAAAGGAAAAGCGAAAAUAUAAUACUAACAGUAAUAAUAAUAAUAAUGAUAAUGAUGAUAAUAAUGAUAAUGAUAAUAAUAAUAAUAAUAAUAAGGAUGUAGAUGCAGAUGUGGAUGUGGAUGUAGAUGCCGAUGUAGAUGCUGAUGUUGAUGGGGAUGAUGUUGAAUAUAACGAAUCGUCAAGCAAGGGUCAUCUAAAAAGCGGUGCCUUGAUCAAGGUAGAUAAAGGAAACAACAACAAUAACAGCAAUACGACAAGUAGACUUAGUAGUAAUAGAAAAGGUAAUCAUUAUAGCAGAAGGAGUGGUGAACGCAUGAAAUUUACUCAUUUGUUAGUAGACAAGAAUAGUGCUAGUGCUAUAAGGAAAAGAAGAGGUUAUAUAAAAAGAGGAACAGCAUCAGGUGUCUCAUCAAGCAACGUUGUUGGAGAAACAGUAAGCGGAAAUUUUGUAGAUGAGCUAAAUGAAGAAGUAGAAGGAGAAGAUGCUUUUUUGGAAACACAAGAAGAUAAUGAAAACAAUAAACAUCAUCAUAAUCCACAUUAUUAUAAUUCUAAAAAAAGUAAGAAAAAAAAACAUGCGAAUGUUGAUGUAUCCAAAGGUGAUAAAGAAUCAAAAAGGAAGCGUGGAAAUAAUAAAUUGAAUAAUGAAUAUGAUUAUUAUAAUUAUGAUGAUAAUGAGAAAGAAGAAGAUGAUGAAGGAGGAACAAAGUUUAAUGAUAAUGAAUAUAAUGAUGAUGUUGAUGAUGACGAUGAUUAUGACGAUGAUGAAAUAGAUCCCAACUUACAAAAAUUACCUUUAAGGUUUCCUGUAAUUGAAAAAAGAAAAGCUAAAUCGACAAUAUUGAAAAAUGCAAAGAAUGAAACCAUCGUGUGUAUUGAAUCAUCUGAUUCUUCCUCAUCUACUGAAGAUAAAAGUAUAAGAAGUAAAGGAGAUGAAUAUGACGAAGAGGAAGAGGAAGAGGAAGAAGAAGACGACGAAAACGAAGAGGAUGAUGAUGAAGAUGACGACGAAAACGAAGAGGAUGAUGAUGAAGAAAGUGGAGAAGAUGACAAAGAAAAAGAAACUGGAAAAAGGAAAAGAAGAAGAAACAGUAGGUAUUAUAAUAGUAGUAAUAAAUAUAUUAAAGAUAAUGAAAUGUUAGAUACAACAAGUGUUGGUGCAAAUGAUGAAUAUAAAUAUGAAGAUGGAGAUAAUUUGGAACGUAAAAAACGUAGUAGUAAAAAGGAUAAGAAGAAAAAAAAAAAUAAAUUAAAAGAGAAAAAAAAUAAGAGAAAAAGAAAAAGAAGAAAGAUAGUUGAUGAGAAUGAAAUAAUGGAUAAAAUAAAAAAUUUGAAUAUAAAUCAUAUGGAUUAUGAACAGCAACAGCAUUGUAUAAAGAAGUUGGUAAAGAAAUGUAUUAAGAAAUAUAAAAAAUUAUUGAAAUUAAUAAAGAAGGUAAUAUUAUUAUCUGUAGAAAAUGGGAAUCAAGUGAAUGAAGAAGAAAAUCAAUCACAGGUGGUUCUUGAACACGAACAACAAGAAGAUGUAUUAUUAUCUGGAAGAGGAAGAAGAACACGAACGGGUACUCGAACAAGUACAAGAACAAGUACAAGAAGAGAUAUGGAUUAUAAGAAAAUGGAAGGAGGAAGAAGAGGAGGAAAAACAACAAGUGAUGUAACAACUACGAAUUCAUAUGAGAAGGAUGAAAAUAUGAAUAAGUCUAUGACAAAAAUAUUACCACCUGAAGUAUUUGAAAAGAUUGAGGAAUUUAUAAUUUUUAUUGGAAAAUAUAUUGAUACAUUUUGUUUUAUAUGUAAAGAUAUUGAAUGUAGAGAAAAAUUAAUUCAAGCUUCAUGGGAAUAUGUAUCUAAAUUUGUUAUUAUAAUAAUGGAUGGUACAAAUAAUAAAAGUAGUACUACGAAUAGUAAAACGAAUAGGAAUAGUAGUAAUAGUAGAACUAAAGGCAAAGUUAAUAAUACUGUAAAAAUGAAUAAUAGUGAAGUUUUGAGGGACAUAUAUAAACAAUGGAAAGAUAAGAAGCAAGUUAAAGGUAGUGACGAAAACAAUCAUAAUGGUGAUGAUGAUGAUGAUAAUAAUGAUAAUGUAAUAGAAGAUGAAAAGGUAUUCAUAGAAUUUUUUUAUGCAAAAAAAGCAUCUUUGAAUAAAAACGUGAGAGAUAGGAACUAUAUUAAUAAUGAUUUGUAUAGUAAUAGUAAUGAAUUGGUAUAUAGUAAGAAGGGAAACAAAUCUGAAGAGCCACUAUCAUCCAAGGUUAGAAAAAAUGAACUGUUGGAAGAAAAUAAUUUGAAUAUUAAUAAUUCUAAUGAAUCGAUAAACGGAGAAGUGGAAGAUUAA